GAACCAUGGCUAUGACGGGGUCAAGUCCUCCCAGUCCCGAAGCUAGGAAUAGGUAGCAGAGCUGUCCUUUGGAAAGUAGCAGUUUUUUCUUCUCCUCCUUCUCCUUCUUCUGGUGCUAGGGAUGAACCCAGGAGGACCUCACAUGUGCAGAGGAAUUUACCUUCUUUUGACUGAUGCUGAUAUCUUGGAGGCCAGCAGAUGGCGCCAUCUCGCUCAAGGCGUUCUGGUGGAGCAUUUUGGCCCUUCUGCCACGCCGUCGGCUGUCGCCUCACCUGUGCGCCAGCCGGCGGGAGCGCACCGCAGUCGGAGCGAUGUCGCUGCUGCUGUCCCUACGUCUCUGCGUGGUCGCGCGGACCGAGAGCCGACUGGCAGGGUCUCUUCUGCUUCCAUCGCCCCAGCCAUGGCACAAGUUUCACGCGGGGCCCCAGCUAUCUUCCUCCAGCAAAGAGCUCCUGAUGAAGCUGCGGCGGAGGACAGGCUUCUCUUUUGUAAACUGCAAGAAGGCCCUGGAAACCUGUGACGGGGAUCUCAAACAGGCAGAGAUCUGGCUCCACAAGCAGGCCCAGAAGGAGGGCUGGAGCAAAGCGGCUAAGCUCCAUGGGAGGAAGACGAAAGAAGGCCUUAUUGGGCUGCUACAGGAAGAAAACACAGCUGUAUUAGUAGAGGUGAACUGUGAGACAGAUUUUGUUUCCAGAAAUUUAAAAUUUCAACAAUUGGUCCAGCAAGUAGCCCUGGGAACCAUGUUGCAUUGUCAGAGCAUAAAGGAUCAACUCUCCACAUACAGUAAAGGCUUCCUGAAUUCUUCUGAGCUUUCUGGACUUCCAGCUGGGCCUGACAGAGAAGGCUGUCUCAAGGAUCACUUGGCCUUAGCAAUUGGGAAGCUGGGAGAAAACAUGACUCUUAAACGAGCUGCCUGGGUGAAGGUGCCGUCUGGGUUCUACAUUGGCUCCUACGUCCAUGGAGCAAUGCAUAGCCCUUCACUCCACAACCUGGUGCUGGGGAAGUAUGGGGCCUUGGUCAUCUGCGAGACUUCUGAGCAGCAAGUGAACCUGCAAGACCUUGGCCGCCGCUUGGGGCAGCAUGUAGUGGGCAUGGCCCCUCUCUCUGUUGGCUCCCUGGACGAUGAGCCUGGGGGAGAGGCAGAGACCAAGAUGCUGGCCCAGCCAUACUUACUGGAUCCCUCCAUCACAUUGGGACAGUAUGUGCAGCCCCAGGGGGUGUCUGUAGUGGACUUUGUGCGAUUUGAAUGUGGAGAAAGUGAAGAGGCAGUAGAGGCCGAAUAGGUACCAGAGACUUUUUGGUCCAGGAGGAAAUAUUUAUUUUUAGUUCUGGACAUCAUUACAAAAAGAAGUUAUUUCCUAAGCCUCUUCAAACUUGUUUUUUCAUUUGAGUUUAUAAUGAAAUUAUAUACUCAUAGGUAUAGUUAUUAGUUAUAUAAUA